GCGCACCCGGCGCCAUUUCGACGCUGCACCGGCCGCGCCCGGCGCCCUUUGGCGGUUGCGCCACCUGCGGCCCCGGCUGCCGCUGUCAGUCGGGUCCCAACAUGGCGGCUGCGGCAACUGGGGCGGCCGCGGGCUGCAGGGCCGGCUGGGGCAGAUGGAAAUGCUGAUGACCGUCCGGAGACUCGCCUCCAUCUGUACCAUGGGCGCCAAUGCCUCUGCUUUGGAGAAAGAGAUUGGUCCGGAACAGUUUCCUGUGAAUGAACAUUAUUUUGGCUUGGUCAAUUUUGGCAAUACCUGCUACUGCAACUCAGUCCUACAGGCACUUUAUUUUUGUCGUCCGUUUCGGGAAAAAGUUUUGGCAUACAAGGUCCAGCCCCGGAAGAAGGAAAGCCUACUUACGUGCCUCUCCGAUCUCUUCAAUAGCAUUGCCACGCAAAAGAAGAAGGUGGGGGUCAUCCCUCCCAAGAAAUUUAUUUCUCGAUUGAGGAAAGAAAAUGAGUUGUUCGAUAAUUAUAUGCAGCAAGAUGCACAUGAAUUCCUAAACUACUUACUAAACACUAUUGCUGACUUGCUCCAAGAAGAGAAAAAGCAAGAGAAACAGAAUGGCAAACUCCAGAAUGGCAGCAUUGAGAGUGAAGAAGGGGAAAAGACUGAUCUCACGUGGGUCCAUGAAAUCUUCCAAGGAACACUAACUAAUGAAACCAGAUGUCUUAACUGUGAAGCUGUUAGUAGCAAAGAUGAGGACUUUCUGGACCUUUCGGUUGAUGUGGAACAAAAUACAUCAAUUACUCACUGCCUAAGGGGGUUCAGUAAUACUGAGACUCUAUGCAGUGAAUACAAAUACUACUGUGAGCAGUGUCGCAGUAAACAGGAAGCACAGAAAAGAAUGAGAGUGAAAAAGUUGCCCAUGAUUCUAGCUCUGCACUUAAAGAGGUUCAAAUACAUGGACCAGCUGCAUCGAUAUACCAAACUCUCCUACCGUGUAGUCUUUCCCUUAGAGCUUCGGCUUUUUAACACUUCAGGCGAUGCUACAAACCCAGACAGAAUGUACGACCUUGUGGCUGUAGUUGUUCACUGUGGCAGUGGUCCAAACCGUGGACAUUAUAUCACCAUUGUGAAGAGUCAUGGCUUUUGGUUGCUGUUUGAUGAUGACAUUGUGGAGAAGAUCGAUGCCCAGGCCAUUGAAGAAUUCUAUGGGUUAACAUCAGACAUUUCCAAAAACUCAGAAUCUGGAUAUAUCCUCUUCUACCAGUCAAGAGACUAAGAUGAAAAUGAUAAAUGUGUACAAAUAAAAAAGGGAUCAAGGUUAUGUCCAAAUAGGACAUCAUGGCGACAGCAGAAACAAUUCCUCAUCGUUGCUGUAGGAUCAUGAGAGAUCCAGCAGGGAGAAGAAAGGUUUACCUCGGCCAUUUCUUGGAGGAUUAGUGCUGACUGCCAUAACAAGCAGAGCUUUUGCUCCACUUUUCUUUCUAGGCUUUUUUUACGUGCUAUCUUCCAAAAUCUGUGUUACCUCGACUUGAAACCGGGCUGCUUAUUUUGUUUGAGAACUGAAGAAAGGUUUUUAAAGUAGCAUCGUAGAAUUCUUUUUUUCCAUUCAAUGUUGGCCUGAAGCCAUACUUUGGUUUCUAUCAUCAUCGUUUUUCUGUAUUUUAGCAGAAUGAUUUCAAUAUUCAGUGUUAGCUGAAGACAUAUUUUAGAAUAUGUGCUGCAGCUGAUUGCUGGAUAUUUUUGGUGACUCAGACAUGAGAAACAGUACAAUGCUAAGACAUAUGAGAAAUACUGAGUGUGUAAUUUUUAAACACUUAGAUAAGAGAUCUCUGCAGCACUGUAAAUUCCUCAGUAUGUAUCAUUUUGGUUUUAGAUAACACUAAUAGCACCCUGUUUUAUAUAUUUUUAAUUCCUUCCUGCAGAAGAUGUAAAUGUUUUUUCCAUAUUCAGACUAAUCUUAUUGUACUUUUUACUUUUUUUAAAGUGGAAGUUUGUGAAUUAAAGCCACAUUGCUGCAGAUUAAACAGGAGAAAAACAACAAACAAAAACCGGUCCAACUUUUAAAAGUGCAUGUCUGGCAGCCAGUUGUAGAAAGUUUAACAUUGCAGUAUUUCUUGGAGCUAUGACACAAGCCAAAAGUGCCCUCUUCUGAAACAGCUGUUCAGCAUUUCAUUCAGUGUAUAGUAAACUGAAGCAACUGGGAUGGGAUCUAUGCUAAUAGACUGAAGCAGCACUAAUUGUGAAGGGUUAACCAAGGGAAGCAUUUAUUGACAUAACUAAUCCAGUUGUUCUUAGUCUUUUGAAAUAAUGGAUGUUUAAGGAAGGAAAAAAAAGAUAUACCCACAUUUCCUUGCCAAGUGUUCCCUCCUCAUCUGUUGUUAAUGUUAGUUGUGACAUGGGAAUCAUUGCCCCUGAAAAUGCUCUCUGGUUUGUUGUGUUUCUAUAGACCUUGCUUAACAGGGGGAAAGUACAUUAGUCUUAUGAAGACUGACUUGAGGUAAUAUUCUGUUAUGUGUCUGUGUAUAUGUGUUAUAAUCUCAAGGAUAACUAGACAGAAAAGAUUAAAUGGAAUUUAUAAGAGAUCUCUGAAAACCUUAUGUAACUUCUUUUCUUUUCUGUUAACUGUGCCAAAGCUUGUCACAGCUGGCUCUAAACCAUGAGUAGAAACUGAUAUUUUCCUUUCUUCAUCUUGUUAGGUAACAUAAAAGCUGUCUUCAACCUUGUUGGUCCUGGUACAGACAUCUGUAGUACGUACCUGUGAUUGUUAUUCAUUGAGGACAUUUAACUUAUGCAAUCUGUGGCUUGUACAGGAUUUAAAAUAUUUUACCAAAAUACUGUCCUCAUGAUGACAACACAUCAGAUGCACACCAUUAUUUUUGAUGGCUGUACUCCUUCUCUGUUCCCUUUUGCAACCAGAAACAUCUUGCUAGCCAUGAAUUCCUCUCUUCAAAGUGAAAAUUAGUAAACCAUGUUGUACUCCAACUGAGGACAAGUUCCAUUCUCUCCGCACGCCUCCUCCCGAAGAUAAAGUGUAGACAUCUGACUGAUGAUUUUUAGUAUGAGAAGUCAUGUCACUUUCAGAAGCAUUAUCCGUGACAGCAGAACCUUCUUGUCUUUUUGUCCCUACCUGUGUGAAGAUUGCUCUUGGUUGGGAAUCUUCUCCCCUUGUUGACACACAAACCCAGCGCCCCCUUGUGGCGGCACUAACAGAAGUCUGUCAUUAGUGAAUCAAGCAAAAAAAAAAAAAAAAAAGAGAGCGCACUGAGUUUAAAAAAAAAAAAUCUCAACAGUAAAUACAAAAAAGUAACAUUAGGACAUUAGACAUGUAUUUUGUAUAUCUGGCGAUACAUUUUUACAAAUAAAAUACCUGAUUGAGAGAGAAUAUUGAAAGAUAUAUACUAUAGAUUAAAAAGACCUGUUAAAAGUGCACUUUUGCUACAGAUUUAUAAGGAAACUAAAUGGGAUUAAAUUGGAAGAAAAUGGUGUGAUGUAAUUCUGUAUAAUAAAUGACCCCAGCUGUCUCCAAUAAAAGUAAUGUAUGGUCAAAUGCACAA